GCGACUGGGCCGCCGCCGCCGUCGACCACGCCGCCGCUGCCGCCAGACAGCUGCCGCCGACUGCCACGUGACGGCUGAACGUCGCCGUAGCCCGCGAAACGAGUUCGCCGAUUCGCUGGGGAUUUUCGCUCGGAGAGAGAGUUGAAGUCUCCCAGAAGAGCGAGAUUCUCAUACGUUUACCUACCUGAGAGUCAUCUUGAGUGUGGGUUGCUGUCAACAACUGUCAGGAUCACAAGACGUUCGUUUAUCUGUAAGAACUCUUCUGUCUUUGUGUGUGUGUCUUGUGCCUUAAAGUGCCCGGUGCAUCAUCUGUCUGUAACUACUCAUCAGUCAACUUGGUUUUGGGAAGCUGUCUGCAAGUGUCUGUAUCUAUUUUCAAACAUUUGUCUAAGCACAAAUCGAUUCACAUUCUACCACACAACUUUGUGUGUAACAUCAGAUAACUUCUAAGUGUUUUCUAAAAACUAUCGAGUACCAAAACAUACUCUGCGUUUACCUAUCUGUAGGACUCUAACCCUGUGACUACUUUGUAAAUAGUCUUCACCGUUACAUUGAGCACUCUUUAAAAUGACAUCACGUUAAUUGUCAAUCAGCGAGACCUGCAUCUAAUUUAUAACUGACAUCAUCUGAUUUCAAUAAUUCUGCAACUCGACUGUCAUCAAUUCAAACUUACGUUUCGAGAAUAGACAUCUUCCUAUUCAGCGAAUACAUAUUAAGCUGUAUGUAUCAUCCACUUUAUCACCAAUUUAUUCACAAACAUUUGCAUUGACAAAACUUAAUCCCAGAUUUAAUAUUUUCUUGACACAUUUUUUUUCGAACAGUACAUCAACCUUCAUUCACAACCCGGAGAAAUAAAUAUCAUUUGAAUUUAAGGUUUCUUCGACUCCUACACCUGUGUAUUUAUCAGAAACCGACGUAUCUCUGCCACUGCUAGUUGGAGCAUUUCCUGCGCUCUCACUAUUUCCCGGGAAGAACGACGUGUUUCGAUCGGCGAUUAGUUAGCAUCGUCUGGGCCGCGACUGUGCUUUCAGGAGUGUCUCUCUUCGCGUUCUAAGUAACUCUGUUGUCUUCUUGGACCCGUCGACCUUCGCGCUCGCACCGAUUCAUCGCCGUUGUCUCUUACGUCACUACAUCGGGCUACAUCGCCAAUUUCCUCUUUAACUCCCGAGCCGGAUUCAGUCGCUCUCGGGGCACGGAAUCGGCAGCGAUUUCGUCGCCGUAGCUCCCGUCUGCUGUCGUCGUUUGUCGAUUCCUUUUGCGUCGAUCGUCUCGCGCUCUCGUUCUUGGUUCGAAGUGAUCGUCGUGGGCGGUGUCGUCUUCACUUGUUUCCGCACAGCUGACGCAUGAGUCUUCAACUUGUUCACCGCCAGAGGGAGCCAGGUCGCCAGACCAUGUUUCAAUUUCAAACCUGCUGCGGCGUGUACUCCUUGAGGACUGGAAGUAUCAUCAUUGGAAUUGUAUCUGCAGUGAGUAUUUACAUGGAACAGUUUUUUGUAGCUUUAGCGUGCGCGCUGGCGGGUCUGGCGGGCGCCGAGGCGCUGGUGGCGCUGGCCGCGUGGCGCUCGUGGGCGGACGGGCAGCGCUGGGCGCAGCGCGCGCGCGACUACGACCUCGACGACAACUUCGUCGACAGCUUCGUGCGCGACGCCUUCAGCCAGCACCGCUUCGCCAGCCACGACAAUGUUCACGUCUUCCUACAUAUGUAUGCAGCUGUAGAGGCUUUUUACUUCCACUUCUCGCUGUUGCUUCUAUUCGGAAUAUAUAAGGAGCGGCCGUCGCUGGCGCUGCUGUGGGUGCGCGUGUCGCUGGCGGCGGCCGGC